GAAGAAACAUUGGCUUUGCCGCUUUGCCAUGGCACGCCAAUGCCAACCACACUCUUCACCUUCGGCUGUGGCCCUUAUGGCGAGCUGGGGCAUGCCCGACCUGAGAACUGCCACCCGCAGGAGGCAAAACCGGUCGCAUUCCCGGGCAGCGCUCCGCAUAGAAAUGGAGAGCCUUGGGUUCAGGCCGUUGCUCUUGGAACGGACCACUCGAUGGCAAUUGUCGGCGGCAAGGUCUACAGAUGGGGCUUGCAAGGCGCCCAUGCGGUGCCGCGCUCCUGGCGGGGAGGUCGCUGGACUGAUGCGGACAAAACGGCGCCGGAGGUGGUGCCGUCUCCGUUGCUCCUGGCCGACCUCCGGUCGCAGGAUCGGUCCCGAAGCCCCAGCCGCAGAAGCCCCAGCCCUCGGAGAGGCGUGGCAUCCAUCACUUGCGGCGGUUCCAACUCCUUCGUGCUCACCACGAGCGGUGAGGUGCUGCUGCUGGGUGGCCUGUGGCCUCCCGGGGGCGAGACGGGCCAGUUGCGCCACUUGUGGGGCAUUGCCAAAGGCGGCCCUCCUUCGAGGGUGGCCAAGGUUGCGGCCGGCUGGCGCCACUGCUUGCUCCUCACCGAGGCGGGCCGCGUCUUUGCAUUGGGCGACGAUGAGUUCGGGCAGUGCGCGGGCAGCGGCAGUGGAGCGGCGGCAAUCUCGCUGUCGCAGUGUCCGGCAAUAGGUGUUGCUGCCGGUGCCUGCCACUCUUUUGCCUGGGACUCCUCAGGCCGUGUCUUUGGAUGGGGCCACGGUGGUAGUGGCAGAUUGGGCCUUGGAACCACCUCCCACCACACCCUGCCAGAACAGGUUGAGGCUCUGGUGGAUGUGUGUGGAGUUUCAUGCGGUGCAAAUUUCAGCACUUUCGUGACUAAUUGUGGUCAUCAUCUUUGGGCUUGUGGUGGGAACAACUACGGACAGUUGGGCUGCGAUUGCAAAAGCAAGCUGCUGCCCACCCCAGUUGAUCUGACCGGCGAGGUCGUUGCAGCGCUCGAAAGUGGAACGAACCACGUCAUUUGCCUUACGCGGUCCACAGCCGGAAGGGUGCGAGAGGAAAGGACCAGCGUUUGGACAUGGGGCUGUUCAACAUCUGGACAGUGUGGGCGGACUGAGCAGGAAAGCCCGAGGCCUCAGAAGCUGCUGCACUUCUCCCCACCGUCGCCCCAUUGUGCCGUGGCAGUGGCUGCUGGACGCUCCCACUCGGCCGUGAUCGCAUCUGGUGGAACUGGGCAUCUUCUGGCCGUUCCUCGCUUUGGCAGCCCCAAAGUGAGCUGUGACAACUCAUUGGAGAGGGACGUGAAGGCACAGGUCACUCCGAUUGAAGCGACCGAGGACAUCAUCGAAGAGUUUCUGACUGGCCUGAGCGAGCUGAGCGAGCUGACCGAGCUGACCGAGCGCUCCAGAUCCCCUGCGGCCGCCCUGGUCGAAAUGGGGGAAGCUGCGUUGCGAGGCGAAGGAGACAAAGGCCCUCCCGAGGUUCAGCGUGUCUCGCCCUCCUCGCCUGCACAGCAACGAGGGCGAUUGGGUCUGCGACAUGAUCGCUACAUCGGCAGGCGCUCAGUGACGCGGCCACGAGAGCGUCCCAGUCGCGAGAGGCAGCCGAAGCCGAAGCAACCGAAGGAGCCGAAGGAGCCGAAGGAGGCGAAGGAGGCGAAGGAGGCAAGAGGCUUCAUGAGCCGGAGCUACCUGGAAUCGACACACACGGAGGCUCAAGUGAACAUCGCAGGCAGACUACUGGCAGACGCUCUCGAAGCUGACAAAUGGAGCGGCAUCCACGAGUCGCUGAAGGGCCUCAGUUCCUUCAUUGCGCAGAUCGGCUCGCCUGAGCGUAUGGGUCCUAUGGCCCUUCGGAUGGCACCGAGAAAGGGGGCGGAUGAUGGUGGAACACACGAUUUCGCACGCCAGGACAGGGCAUGGUAUCCAGAGACAAGUGGCGAUGAGUUUUUUCAGAAGCGCGACGAGUCUCCCUUUCAACGUGGCCUCAAGCCUUGCAGUCCUGUGCUGCAGCUGCAGCUGCAGACUCCACCGCCUGAGGCUCGCAGAUCACCUCGCUGGAGAGAGGAUAGUGUGAGCGACGCGCUGGACUUUUCCCCACGCUUGGACGAGGAGGACAAUGAACCUUACGAACUCACAGAGCAAGAUGCACAGGCCAUGGCAGUUGGCAAGCUCUCUGACCGAGAGAAGCGGCCCGAGCAGCCCGAGCAGGUGCAGCAUUCGAGGAUGCAGGAGGAGUUGCAGCGUAUUGAAAGAGAAGAGCUGAGGAAGCAAGAGGAUCUCAGGCAAGAGGCCAGGCAGGAAGAUGUGAUGCGUCAAGAGGCAAGGCGUCAAGAGGCAAGGCGUCAGGAAGAAAGACGCCAAGAAGAGGCCAGACGUCAAGAAGAACAACGAGUAGAGGAGGCGAGACGCGAGGAGGCGAGACGCGAGGAGGUCAGACGCGAGGAGGCUCUGAAGCACGAGGGCGAAGCACAAGGAGGGUCCGAGCAAGGCAAAACCGAGAGUCACCAAAGCCCAAAGAAGCGCUUCCAGCGCUUUCAGGAGGAUGAUGUUGACGUUGAAUCUUCUACGUCAGAGGAUGCUGAGUCCCCGAGGCCGUCAGCGACCCUAGCCAGCGCAUUUCGUGAGCGAACCCCAGGAACAGAUGGCCGGAUGUCGUCAGAAGGAGUAAGUCGAACCCGGCAAAGCAUGUCUUCAGCCGACGUUUCAGCCGACGUGGAUGCCAUUUUAGCCGACUAUGGCCAGAAUGAGGAUGAGGAAUCCACCGAAACGGAGGAUGGUGACUGGGUGUGAUGAGCUUCGGAAGCCUUUCACGGCUGGGAUCACUGAAUCCAAGCCAUGCCACGAAUUCGCGCAUUGGAGAAUUCAAAUUCGCCCGUGCACGCCUUAGCAAAGAUUGGCCAGAGCAGAAGCAUUGCCCUGCAGCGCAGCAUGCUCAGCAUUGUCCC